GACUGCUUCGGAAGGUAACAUAAUCUUAUUCAAUAUUGACAGGUUACAUUUUGUAUAUCAUUGGCAUUGAUAACAAAAAUGGGUAGUGAUUGGGAUGAGAUCAAGCGCCUGGCGGCCGACUUUCAGAAAGCGCAGUUGACGUCAACGCUUCAAAAGCUCUCGGAACGAAACUGCGUGGAGAUUGUGACGCUUCUUUUGGAAAAAAAGCUCCUUGACGUGGUGUUCACCGUAGACGGAAAGGAAUACAUUACGCCAGACCACUUGGAGCGAGAAAUCCAGGAUGAACUCUUUGUUAACGGAGGUAGAGCCAAUUUGGUGGAGGUCAGCAAAACCCUAAAUGUGGACCUUUCUCGUGUCGUUACUUUGGCCGAGCGUAUUGCUGCCGAAAACCCGAGCAUUAAGCUCGUGCUGGGCCAGCUUAUUGACGAGGAAUACAUCACUCAUAUCGCUCAAGAGAUCAAUGAGAAACUAGCUCUAAGGGGAGAGAUCUCUAUAUCGGAGCUAGCCUCCCAAUUCGACCUGCCUUCUGAAUUCUUGCAGCAAGACGUGGUAGAGAAGCACCUGGGAAAGAUCAUUAAGGGUCGGCAGGAUGCCACCAAUCCGAGAGUGUUUUUCACGCAAGCCUAUAUUCAGCGCUGCAAGGCCAAGAUUCGAGGAGCAUUGGCGGCCAUCACCCGGCCCACGAAUGUCGCUGUAAUCCUGCAGCAGAUUGGUGUGCAGGAGAAAAUCUUCCACUCGCUGUUAGAUGAGAUUUCUCCGGCCGGUCAGGUUACAUCCAAGAUGGCCAACGCUCAGUAUGUGCCGCACGUUUAUGCCAAAACGCAAGCCGAUUGGGUAAACUCGUUCUAUAAGCAGAACAGCUUCUUGGAGUACGAUGCCAUCCAAAAACUGGGCAUAUCCGACCCCAAGACGUACAUUCGAAAGCAGUUUCCCACCGAGGAGUUCCUCUUCCUAAAGCGCGUUGCCCUCGGUGCUAGACUGGUGGAACUAACGGUGGUCACAGCCUUGAACGAGUGCAGUGCGACCAAGCAAUAUCUUGACCUUUCCAGCAUUUUGCCGUCUAACCUGUCGGAAGAGGACAUCGAGGAGGUGUUUGCUGCUAUUAUGGCCCAAAAGCAAAGCAACCCCAGCAACUUUGUGUACUUGGACAGCAUAGUAUUUUCGCAACCUUACCUCCAGCAGUUGGUUCAACCCUGCCAGGCUCUAGCAGAAACUCAAGCCAAGGCGGCCAUCGACAGUGGGGUUUACCAGCAGCAUAUCGUGGAAAAGACUUUGGCCCAGAAGGGAAACUCCUCGGCACAAGAUCUGGAGGACGAUGGCAAGGUAGAUAAGCGCGAUGAGCGAAGAAAGAAGGCUGCUUCUGGAAAAGCGGGUGGAGGAGCCCAAGGUCGAGAAACCAAGACAAAGUCCACGAAAAAGCAUGCUAGAGGAAGGGCGGCAGCAGCUCAGAACGAAAGUGACGACGACGAAGAUUUCCAGCAGAAUACAAGAGGAGGUGGUGGUGGUGGGGGUAAUAAGAAGACUGUCAAGCCAUUGGAACUUGUAAAGACAGGUGAUAUUGUGAAACUGAUUACGGCCACCCUGGAGGAAGAGGGCUUGGAACAUCUGGCCAAAUCCAUAGCAGCCUUAUACACUAGCCAGUUUAAUCAGACGGCGCUGGCACGUGCCCAGGAGUUGUUUGAGGCAACUCCACAGACCAAUCGUCGCCAGACUCAUGCUGCCAUCCAAGAUCGUAUUAACACGCUUCUUGUCGAUAUUCGUCUCUACGAAAAAGGCCUUAAACUCUUCCCUCAAGAUACGCAAACCCAACUGGUCAAGUACCUGCUUAAAUCCUUGGGAAAUGAUAUCUGCAACGAACUAUCACUGUACGUGGCCAGUGAGUGCAAUCUGACGGUCAAAAAUACCAACCUGAAUGUGGAUCAACGCAACAAGUUGGCUCAGGAGUGCGACGCCCAGUACCGCUCAGCUCUGUUGGAGCAAAACAAGGCCCUGAACAAGUCCAUCGACGAAUUCGAACUGGCUACGGAGGCUGUGCUCAAGUCCUGCAGUAUGAUUAUCAAAAAGGUGGACAAGAAAAAGGACCGUCUCUUGAUUGCGGACCACAAGAAGAAGCUGCAAGAGCAGCUGCUGGAGUGUCGUGAUCCUGCGCUGCUACUGCAUUUGGCUGCGUUGAUCCUGUUUACCACGAUCAGUGGCUGUAUCCUGCAUGCCUCCGGAAAAUUCGUCUCUGCCAUUCUGCAACACAUUCGCGGAUCUUUAAACGAGCCUCAGAAUGCUUUGCUUUUACGCUAUCAUGAUCUGGUCCUUCAAGUUCUGCAGUCAGCGGCAGACAGCAGCGAGUCCAAGAUCGCCCAUGAACAACUGCAAUCUAUGCAAACGGAAGUCAUCGACUUGGCGCAGAAUUAUAGCCGCGCAUCCGUCUCAAAGGCUGAUUAAUAAA